AUGCAAAGAUGCUGCGCCCGGAUAGCAGGUCUGAGGACAUUUGCCUGCCGCACCAACACCAACACCCACACCCGACCACGACUGCUCUCCCUCCAACAACGAUUCGCCCAUCAUAGCCCCCGUCCGAGACGAGAUGCCCAAGACCGAGACUACGACAGUCUCAUUGGCGCCGACAAUGACACGUUCGACACACUUGACCCUGCCGGGCUGAAAGGCUCGUCGCGUCAAAAUGCCAUCCGACAUCGAAAGGCAAUGCACAAGGGCGGCUUUGCAUACAUCGACCAGGCCAAACUUCCUGCUCGACAUGCUUCCCGUGUUGAGAAGUCAUGGAUGCCCACCAUCGAGGCUGCCCUGCCACCUCGUCUGCGCACUCCCGGCGCUCGCACAAUCACAGACGACCCAUACUCGGCUCAAGACAUCAGUCGCAUCAUCCACAUCUCGUCCUAUACGUACGACCUGGACCUGCUGACCUACUUGGCUGUGAAAUUGAACCGUCCCAAGGCCGCCGUGUGGUUGGCCUCGAUGGUCAUCUCGCAUGAUUUCAUACCUGGUUCAACGCCUCCUCGCGACACCAAUGUUUGGAACACCUGUGUGCCACCCGCUUUCUCCUUGUCCACCUAUACCGAUUCCGAAAAUCCUACACUUUUGAACCUGCCUCCACAAACAGCUCCGAGUGAUCUACAUCCGACUCCUUCCCUGGAUCACCUUACCGCAAAUCUGCAUCCUCUUGAGGAACCGCUGCCCGCCAUCCUGCGCCAUGAGACAAUCGGCCAGCUUUGGUACAGCCUCGCAAGGAUGAUCGUUCAAGAUGCUAGCCGCGCCAACAAGGAUCCCGCCAAUCAAGCCAUCAAGCCCGAGAUUCUCGAGAUCAUCGCAAUGCUGCACCACUCCGGUGCUAUGCCUUCUUCCAUCUACUCGUAUCAGCCACCUAAUGACCCUAUAUCGUUGUGUCAGCCUCCCACUUUGCAUCUACUGUCCAAUCAAAUCAUCACCUCUUUGACCGACGCCGCAUGGAGGGCUCACGAGACCAAUGUUGUCGAAGAGGCCAAAGAAAGAGGUGGUGUCUACAAUUCUCUGAGACCUGAGAUACCUGGUUCUAUGUACAAAGUUCAUGUCACUGGACUUGGCCAUGAGAUAUGGCUCGAACUAGUCUUGUGGGCAAUGUUGUAUGGUCGUUUCUACAAACAGGGUGUGAAAAUCCUUACACGUCUGUCAAAGCUCCUGGAUGACAACGCCUGGUCUGUCUUGUCUUGGAGAGAGUUGGCCAAUCCCAUCAUCCAGUCUGGCCAAGAAAAAUCUAUCAACUGGGACGAGGUCAAGUAUAUCUUUAAUACAGGUAUCUCUGAUACUGACCAGACCGUCAACAAGAAGAAAGUCCGCAGAACUGUCAGUGCAGAAGUCAUUGCUUCCUUCGUUGAUGCAGCUGUAUCACAUAUCAGAACCGGCGUUGGUUCGAGAGGCAUGUUACCCGACAACCCAGCCCGUUUCUUGCGAGAGAUGAAGCUGNUUUUUGAGAAAAAUAACAUGAGUCUGGGUUACACCUCAUGGGACGCCAUAAUUCUACGCUUUUUCGAGUCGAGAGGUGUUGAUUUCGAAAAGGAUCCGCAGUUAGCGGGCAAGAUCAGCUCAAUAGCCCCCAUGUUUGGCGAUGACAUUUCUACAGUCAACGCGCCCACCCGUGACCAGCUGUGGCAGCCAACUCCAGCGUAUGUUCUGGACGGUUCUGCAGCUAGCAUCGGUUAUUAUCACCGCCUCCUCAGAGCUCACAUCAAACUCGGCAGUUUACCUGGCGCUAUGGGUGUGGUUCGAGACUUGCAACAAUUGACCGACACAAACAAGGAGAGGUCGAUUCAAGAGUUCUUUNCAAAGCAACAAAAUGCCACGAUGCAUGAUGACAACGAAGACACAUCCGAAUUUGGCUUCCAAGGCCGCUAUGGUGGCAUUCAUUAUCCUAGUUUCUUUCCACAAAUACCAGUUCCCAUCCUGGCCGACCUCGUCAAUCUAGUCGUUGACUCUCAAGCUCUCGAAUUAGGUUCAUGGCUGCUUUACUCAGAAGACUUGGACGGCCCAAUCGUUCACAAGGAUCUGUACAGUGAUCCUAUCAUGGGUCCGCCUUUGAUUAGACUCGCUGCUAUACUUUCUGAUGAGAUUCUCAUGGGCAAAGUCUUGGAGUUCCAAAAGGAGNAAUCGCGUAAAGACCCGCCUGAAGAAGUAUUGGAUCAGAUCCUGGAGCAGCAGAUAGAGGCAGGAAACUGGCCUUUCGUCGACAAGGCUCUUGAGAAUUUCGCCAGGCUUCCCAAUUACAGUAUCAGUACAGAUACUACUGCGACUAUGAUCAGGGUGAUUCUACGCGAGGCGAAAGCUUGCACUGGUGAUUUAUCAGCUCUCAGGAACUCUUCAUCUGCAAAGGCCUUUCAAAAGAUGUCCAGUUUCCGAGUUAGAGGUUUCGUUCGAAGUCACAACAAACACGAUACCUUUGAACUUGGAAGCCGUGUUUGGCGCUUGCUUGCGCUUAUCAACGAUGAGUGGAGACAAUAUGCCUGGAUGAUCUACCCUAAUAUGGCUGGUAGCAAUCAUGUCAAUUUCACACCUAGGGCUUUCAAUAAAGUCCUUGGUGCUGUGGUCAACACGUACGGCUCUACCACAGGCAAGCAGUAUCUUGGCAAGUUUUGGCCUGAUUCGCUCGAGAAUGAGCCCGCAUGGUUAUUGAAGAACGACAACAACCCAGGCGGUGUAGUGCGUAUGAUUGGACGUCGCCGAGAUACAAAUAUCUUGACCUCUCCUUUUCCUAACCGUGGCCGUCCCGAUCUUCGAAUUCGCAUCCAAGGACUUCGUGGUAAAUUUGCAACCGUUCACGUUCCUGCUCAACCUGGCCUCAAUAUUGCGACUAUUCAUAUUGUUCUGAAGCAGGCUCUGAAAGAAGCGGAUGGUCAAUAUGGACUUUUACAGCGGGAAGCCAGAUGGGCGUGGAGGAUGAUGAAGAAACUUGGAUUGCCAGAUGCGCAUGUCCACCGAGAGCUGAGAAGUGUGCCUGAACUCGCAGAACACCCCGAGCUCACCUCUUUCAACGACAAAUCCAGACGUUCAAAUUUCGAGAAUGAUCUUGGAGACUCUGACGAUGAUGGUCUGAACCGUGGCCUCGAAGAAAAGGCACAGGAGAUGGAGACCGACUAG